AUGUAUCCCCCCACCUACAAUGCUGAUAGAGGAUACACCUAUGCUUCUAUACAUAACAUCAGCGACCUGGAACCUGAAGCGUCUGACAACUCUGGUGAAUUCACUCUGACAUUAAAAUCAAUGACACCAAUUGACUACAAGUUUCCUGAGACCCCAACAAGAUUGACCUACAAUGCUAUUGACUCUGUGGGAAAUCUGGCAAUUUGUGACGUUAUUGUUCAAGUUAGAGUUUUCCGAUGUCGUUGGGCCCUAGCUCCUCUCCAUGGAUAUCGUGUCAACUGCUCCGUUGAUCCUGUGUAUGGGUCUCAGUGUUCCUUCUCAUGUUAUGAAGGAUACGACCUUGUGGGAUCAGAAACAAGAACAUGUGAAUUGAGCGGUGAAAUUCCAUCAGCUAGCUGGAAUGGUACCAAACCAGUAUGUCAAGCAAAGACCUGUCCGGCGCUGACAAGACCUGAACACGCUAUGAAAUCAGGAUGCUUUAACAACCCACCAAACACCGAAGUCUACGGCACCCAGUGUAUAUUCUACUGUCUGUACGGUUUUGAAGGGGUUGGUGAUAGCAGCACAAUCUGUCAAGCAGAUGGAACAUGGACCAAUAAUAAUUUUAGUUGCAGAGCUACAUCAUGUUCACUCCUAAAAGUUCCAGACAGGGGCUCAGUCACUCCAGAGGAAUGUUCAAUGGCUCCUGUCUUUGGACAGUCAUGUGAUGUAUCAUGUACUCAACAAGGAUACCAGCUUGAUCCUCCUAACUUCUCUGUGCUGUCAUGUCAGGGAAAGGGACAGUGGGUUCCAGGAAACCUCACAAUGACAACUUGCAGAGACACACAAAGCCCAUCAUUUUCUACAUGUCCUCAAUAUUUGACUUUUAACCCUCCUCGCGGGGAAACUCUGGUAAACGUCUUCUGGAAUAUAUCUGCUGUGGACAACAGUGGUGAAGAACCAAUCAUAGCAUGUGACAAAGAAGAAGGCCUGAUGGGAGAAGGUGAUAUUGAGGUUAGGUGCACAGCCACAGAUGCUACAGGAAAUGGCAAAACAUGUACAUUUGACGUUGCAGUACAGAUUCACAGAUGCCGUUCCUAUCGACUGCCAUCUUUUGCCGAGUUUGCUGGUGUGUGUAAUACAAUAUGGGGUACAGAGUGCAACAUAACCUGCAAUCCUGGCUAUCACCUGACUGGUUCUAGCACGGUCACAUGUGAGUUUGAUGGAUUUACAUCAAGCUGGACUUCUCAAACGCCACCGAGAUGUGAAGGUAAAGACCUUAUUGAAUGGUGA